AAACUAAAUGUUCAGAUGUGUGUGUACAGAAAAAACAGCGGAGUGAGACGUCUCUCUGUUUUUGGCCUAUCUACAGUCACACCAACUCUCGCGAGAGUUGGGCCGCAGUUUCCAGAAAUCUCGCGGUUCGUCCGGCUCAUCGAAACAAGCCGUUAUUUCCUUCUGUUCUCGGUUUAACGGGAUUAAAGUCCCGGUGUGAAGUCUCAGAGUGUGGACYCGAUGUCUGACAGCGACGACAGCGACUUCUCCGACAACCAGAGCGAGCGGAGCAGCGACGGAGAGGCCGAGGAGGCGGAGGAGAACGAGGAGGAGGCGGCCAGCCCUGUGGGCAGUGAUAAAGUAGCAGACGAGGAGGGUGAGGACCUGGAGGAUGAGGAGGAGUAUGAUGAAGAGGAGGAGGAGGAUGAAGAUGAUGACCGCCCGAGGAAGAAGCCAAGACACGGAGGCUUCAUCCUGGACGAAGCCGAUGUGGACGAUGAAGAUGAGGAUGACGAUCAGUGGGAAGAAGGAGCUGAGGACAUCCUGGAGAAAGAGGAGGCAGAAGUGUCUAACUUGGACCGUGCGGUUCUGGAUGAUGAUCACUCUGGGUCCAGGCGGCUGCAGAACCUCUGGAGAGACUCCAGGGAGGAGGCACUGGGGGAGUACUACAUGAGGAAAUAUGCCAAGUCUUCAGCAGGAGAGCAUUACUCUGGGGGCUCUGAGGAGCUUUCUGAUGACAUCACUCAGCAGCAGCUACUUCCUGGUGUCAAGGAUCCAAACCUGUGGACCGUCAAGUGCAAGAUUGGAGAGGAAAGGGCCACAGCCAUCGCUCUGAUGAGGAAGUUCAUCGCGUAUCAAUUCACCGACACACCUCUCCAGAUCAAGUCUGUGGUGGCACCGGACCAUGUUAAAGGCUACAUCUACGUGGAGUCCUACAAGCAGACCCAUGUCAAGGCUGCCAUCGACGGCAUCGGCAACCUGAGGAUGGGCUUCUGGAACCAGCAGAUGGUGCCCAUCAAGGAGAUGACAGACGUCCUGAAGGUGGUCAAAGAGGUGACCAACCUGAAGCCAAAGUCCUGGGUCCGACUGAAGAGAGGCCUGUAUAAGGACGACAUUGCUCAGGUGGACUACGUGGAACCAAGUCAAAACACCAUCUCUCUGAAGAUGAUCCCUCGCAUAGACCUGGACCGCAUCAAGGCCAAGAUGAGYCUGAAAGAUUGGUUUGCUAAGAGGAAGAGGUUCAAGAGACCUCUGCAGAGGCUGUUUGAUGCAGAAAAGAUCAGGUCUCUGGGAGGUGAAGUCAGUCAUGAUGGAGACUUCAUGAUCUUCGAGGGGAACCGCUACAGCCGCAAAGGAUUCCUGUUUAAAAGCUUUGCCAUGUCAGCUGUGAUCACAGACGGAGUGAAGCCCACUCUGUCAGAGCUGGAGAAGUUUGAAGAUCAACCAGAGGGAAUCGAUCUGGAGGUGGUCACAGAGUCUGGACCCUCUGGAGUUCCCGGCUCACGAGUUGAGGAAAUAUUUCCGGAUGGGCGACCACGUGAAGGUGAUCGCCGGGCGGUACGAAGGAGACACUGGCCUCAUCGUCAGAGUGGAGGAGAACUUUGUCAUCCUGUUCUCAGACCUCACCAUGCACGAGCUCAAGGUGUUACCCAGAGACCUGCAGCUGUGCUCUGAGACAGCGUCAGGCGUGGACGUGGGAGGGCAGCACGAGUGGGGGGAGCUGGUCCAGCUGGACCCUCAGACGGUGGGAGUCAUUGUUCGACUGGAGAGAGAAACRUUCCAGGUGCUYAACAUGCAUGGUAAAGUUCUGACGGUGCGCCACCAGGCGGUCAACCGCAGGAAAGACAACCGCUUUGCUGUGGCGCUGGACUCAGAGCAGAACAACAUCCACGUCAAAGACAUUGUGAAGGUCAUCGAUGGGCCGCACUCGGGCCGUGAAGGUGAGAUCCGUCACCUGUUCAGAGGCUUUGCCUUCCUUCACUGUAAGAAGCUGGUGGAGAAYGGAGGCAUGUUUGUCUGCAAGACCAGACACCUGGUUCUGGCUGGGGGGUCCAAGCCAAGAGACGUGACCAACUUCACCGUGGGAGGAUUCGCUCCCAUGAGUCCUCGGAUCAGCAGCCCCAUGCACCACGGGGGGGGAGGUACUCCACAGAGAGGAGGAGCAGGAGGGGGAGGAGGAGGAGGAUUUGGGCGAGGACGAGGACGAAGAGACAACGACUUGAUUGGUCAGACGGUCCGCAUCUCUCAGGGUCCUUACAAAGGAUACAUCGGUGUGGUGAAGGAUGCCACAGAGUCCACGGCCCGAGUGGAGCUGCACUCCACCUGUCAGACCAUCUCUGUGGACAGGCAGAGGUUGACCACCAUGGGAGCUAAGAGACACACAGGAGCCACCUCCGCUCACGGACGCACCCCCAUGUUUGGUUCCCAGACUCCCAUGUACGGCGCCGGCUCUCGGACCCCCAUCUACGGAUCUCAGACUCCGCUCCACGACGGAAGCAGAACGCCUCACUACGGCUCUCAGACCCCGCUGCAUGAUGGGAGCAGAACACCAGGUCAGAGUGGAGCCUGGGACCCCAGCAACCCUAACACACCUUCCAGGAACGAUGAGGAGUACGACUUCGGCUUUGAUGACGAGCCUUCUCCRUCUCCUCAGGGCUACGGAGGGACCCCUAACCCUCAGACCCCAGGUUACCCUGAGGUCCCGUCCCCACAGGUCAACCCUCAGUACAACCCUCAGACUCCAGGCACACCUGCUAUGUACUCUCCAUACGCAGCUCCGUCCCCACAGGGCUCCUACCAGCCCAGUCCCAGUCCUCAGAGCUACCACCAGGUGGCGCCGUCACCUGUUGGGUUCCAGAACACACACUCACCUGCCAGCUACCACCCCACCCCCUCCCCCAUGGCCUAUCAG